AGCCUCACGCGCACAGCCGCUAGUUGGCUAACGGCAGCGACCAGAGCACUUUUGUCGUCCGGGGUAACUUCACCUGGCACACACACUCAUCCAGCUUCAACCGGGGGUACAGAAGCCACCGUCAGACGUCGAAACUACGGGGAAAGUGAGGGUUAUCACGGGGGCAGUGUAAAGUCUGUCAUUCGGAGGAAAUAAGCUGGAGAACACCGCCAGCUAUCUUUGUUACUAACUCCGCCGAUACGUAGUUUUAGCUCCCUAGCUAACUACCGCUAGCUCAAGAAGGAAAAGGCCGUCGAGUUGACCCAGCGUCAAGUAUUUAACAGAUAGCGGAACAAUCGUGGCACAUUACGGUUGCCUUGGAUCGGAAAAAACCCUUAAAAUCAAAUCAGCAUUAAGAGAGGAUGGCUCUGAAAAGGAUCCACAAGGAGCUUAGCGACCUGGCUCGUGACCCCCCAGCGCAGUGCUCGGCCGGCCCAGUGGGUGAUGACAUGUUUCACUGGCAAGCCACAAUCAUGGGACCUAGUGACAGUCCGUAUCAGGGAGGAGUUUUCUUCUUGACAAUUCAUUUCCCAACAGACUACCCCUUCAAACCACCCAAGGUGGCAUUUACAACAAAAAUUUACCACCCAAAUAUUAACAGUAACGGCAGUAUCUGUCUGGAUAUUCUCAGAUCGCAGUGGUCUCCUGCACUUACUAUUUCUAAAGUUCUUCUCUCCAUUUGCUCACUGCUAUGUGACCCAAACCCGGAUGACCCAUUAGUGCCAGAGAUCGCACGAGUCUACAAAACAGAUAGUCCGAAGUACAAUAAACUAGCUCAGGAGUGGACAGCGAAGUAUGCCAUGCUUUAGGGUAAGAUACACCAGAAUGGCAAAAGACUGGACACAAAAAUAUGCGAUGUGAGGCGUCCCGUGGGAAGCUGGUGGAUAAUGUUGCUGCUGGUUCAAACAAAAAAAAAAUCCUGGAUUCUGUUUUUCUUUUUCACUUUUUUGGUCUUUUUUUUUGGUUAAUCAGCAUUUUACCCCCUCAUCUUUUCCACCUGCGCGCUCAUAAGAAGAUAGUGUUUUCUCUCUAGGACACGUGCCAGUUUCUGUGAAGUUUUGGCUCCCAUUUUGUGCGGAGUUAAAAAAUAAAUAAUAAUAAUAAUAAUCACCAUGGUUCUGAACACUCGGCUUGAGCAUGCACCAGUAAGAGUUGGUGAUGUUAGUCAUUCACUCUGCACACACUUAGAAUCUGAUGCCGCUGACUGGAUCCUGUGCGGUUGAUAUUUACUUUACUGUAAACUGGAGUUCUCAGAGCCCUUAUAGAGAAGCCUGUCUUUUGCCAUACAUGUACAUUUUAAAGUUUCAAAUUGGUAAAAAAAAAAAAUCUGCUGCAUUUAUUCUGAAAGUGGUAAAAAUCGGGGGGGAAACUCGUGUGAUGGCGGUAUGUUUUUCUGAUCUUUAGUAUAGAAAUGUACUACCUGAGGAAAGUAUCUUAUUCCACUAUCAAAGUGUGUACAGAGAAGCACAGCAGUAUAUAUCAAUGUUAAGACAAACAAAAUAUAAGAACUUCAAUGUUGUAUUUUAUGCAUGUUAAUAAAGGUAGGCUAUUAUAUCUAUGUUUCUGCAAAUUAGGUGGAUUGUAAAGCUGAACAGUUGGAAAAAGUUCCCCUCAAAGGUUUCUUUUCGUUAUUUAGAAGCCAGUAGCUGAGCAGUUAGUUUUAUGCCCACUCGAACACUGUCUUCUUGUAGCCCUAAAAUAUUGACUCAAAGCUAAUGGUUGAUAAUCAACUUGUGGCUCUGUUUCUUUUUAGUUUCCCCUUCAAUAAAGUUACUUAAACCAUAAAACGAAUCGGGGUUGUGCUUUUUUUUUUUUUUCAUUUGGAGACGAUGCUAAUGUCUUUGACGUCGCAGCAUAAAUCACUUGUUUUGUAUUGUAUAGAGUUUAUAUGCCUGAUUCCUCCUUUGAUAAACCUCUUGUGCCUGUAAACAAAGGGGAAGCACCAACAGCUGUCUUACCUAAUAAAGAGUGUUUUAGGGUU